UAAACACAUAUGUAGGUCGCUACAUUUACAGAUUAAACAACUUUGUGAAGAGUGGUACAGCCAAAUAGGAAGUACAGAAGAUAUACAAUUUUAGUAAGAACUAUAUAAUAUCGAAUACAUGCAUUAGCCAUGUACAUUCUUGAUUUAGUAAACAUUCCAGACUGGAUACUAGUGAUAGUGUGUCUCGUUGGUAUUAUCUGCACAUACACCAGGUAUAAACAGAGCUAUUUUAAAAGGUUGGGAAUACCUUUUAAACCACCUGCAUUUUUGAUCGGUGAUAUUCCAGAUAUCAUCAAAAAGGGCGUUUUUCAUUAUGUGGAUAUCGAACUUGCAAAGAAACAUGGAAAAGUGUUUGGACUCUAUACUGGAAAUAACCCAUCUCUUAUCAUAUGCGAUCCUGAAAUUAUAAAGCACAUCACCGUGAAGGACUUCGAGAACUUUACAAACAGAGCGCAAACAAAAAGAGUGCCGCCGAUAUGGCAACGGAUGUUAACAUUUGCUCGUGGGGAAACCUGGAGGAAUCUAAGACAUACACUGAGUCCAUCAUUUUCUGUCAGCAAGAUGAAAAAUAUGUGUCCCUUUAUCCAAAAUUGUCUGGAAACCUUGCAUGAAAUCCUGAAUCAUAAGUGUGAAGACGAACCCAACGGAUUUGACUUAGAUAAUAAGAUGCUUCCAUCGGAGAGACUAUUCACUAAAAUAGUUCUGAUUAAAAUUAUUUUGCCAGACAUUGUGGUAAAUAUUGAGGCAAGUGUAAGGUAUGUGUUCGUAAACCGGAAUAAUCCACCGUUGAGUUCUUAUUUUGUUUUCACUGACGAUGCCACGGAUGUUACCCAAACACUUAUCAAUGACUUUAUGUUGAUAUUUGUCUUAUGUGUCAUUGUGGGCCAUUGUUUAAGCGUUCGUUUAACCCGAGUCUUUGUGAACAUUUUAAUUACUGUUCCUGUUAUUUCAAUUGUUUUAUUAAUUUCAUUCCAUUUAAGAGUACUUCGCGCUUACACGAUGGAUAUGAUUUGCCAGACAGGGUUUGGAUUCCAAGUGCAUCCACAGACAGAUCCAAACCAUCCUUUCCUUAAACACGCUCAGGAAUUCUUCGAACUUAAGGGCGCAAAAAGUAUUUGGGCUCUUAUAGCAUUGUUAAUUCCUGACAUUGCCGAAACUUUUCCCAGGCUUUUCACAACUCGAUUUGUUCCAAAAGAAGACAUGGACUUUUUCGUCUCAACUAUGCAGACGUUUAUUACAGAAAGACGUCGAACUAAUGAGACUCACAACGAUUUCUUACAGCUAAUGGUAAACGCUAAUUUUGAGACGGACUAUCCAGUAAACCCUCCAAGAUCUAAGAGAGGUUUGUCGGAGGAUGAAAUCAUUGCCAACUGCAUAAUGUUUAUGCUGGGAAGUUAUGACACGAAUACUUCCGUUCUUGACUGGAUGUUUUACGAGCUUGCUGUGCAUGAGGACGUACAAGAACAACUGAUUGAAUCUAUUGACAAAGACAUUGGAAAAAGAACACCUACAUAUGAAGAUGUAUUUUCUCAUCAAUAUCUGGAAAUGGUAUUAUGUGAAGUAUUAAGAAUGCAUCCAGCAAACCCAAGAAUCAAUCGGGAGGCGGCAGAAGACAUUGAAAUCCAAGGUUUGAAGAUACCACAGGGAAUGGAUUGCAAUUAUCCCCCAAAAAUUCUGCACUUCAUGGAGGAAUACUGGGAUGAACCAUUCACUUUUAACCCAGAAAGAUUUUCGCCGGAAAACAAACACAAGAUCAACGAAUAUGCAUUCAUACCAUUUGGUCUGGGACCACGAAAUUGUGUUGCCAUGCGACUUGGUCAACUGGAGGUGAAAAUGACAAUAGUUAGCAUUUUACAGAAGUACCGGGUACACAGAACGAACGAUUUAAAGGUUCCAAUGCUGCCAUCACCGACUGGUGUUAAUAAACUCGAGGGACCUUUGUUUGUGCGGAUGGAAAGGAGAGAAUGAAAUACCUCCGUCAAAAAAUUGCAAACAAUAUUAUGAACAGAAAACAAUAUCUUCAGUUCCAUGGAGUUUUUUUAUAUAAUUGCUUAAACUAUGAAACACUGCAUGAUAUGUUUCUAAUUACCAAGAACAUUUUAGCUAGUUUGAUGUAGUAAACGAGUUAUAAAAAAGUUGUAAUAAUUGUUUCGUUGUUACCUUUUUCAAUGGCUAAUGCUAAUAUUUUGAUGUGCUUACAAAUGUCCGAUCGAAAAAAAUACUCUGAUCCAGAUUUAUGACGUUUUUGACGAAUGAAAUAUCUUUUGACACAAAAUAAAUAAUCUUCUCUUAUAUGUUUUAAUUUAACAAUUUACUCUUAUAUGUUUAAAUUUCACAAUAUACUCUUAUAUGUUGAAUUUAACAAUCUACUCUUAUAUGUUUUAAUUUAACAAUCUACUCUUAUAUGUUUUAAUUUAACAAUUUACUCUUAUAUGUUUUAAUUUAACAAUCUACUCUUAUAUGUUUUAAUUUAACAAUCUACUCUUAUAUGUUUUCAUUUAACAAUCUACUCUUAUAUGUUUAAUUUAACAAUCUACUCGUAUAUGUUUUUAUUUCACAAUCUACUCUUAUUUGUUUUAAUUUAACAAUCUACUCUUAUAUUUUUUAAUUUAGCAAUAUACUCUUAUUUGUAUGAAUUGAAUAAUCUACUCUUACAUAUUUAAAUUUAACAAUUUACUCUUAUAUAUUUGAAUUUAACAAUCUACUCUUAUAUGUUUGAAUUUAACAAUCUUUUCUUAUAUGUUUGAAUUUAACAAUCUACUCUUAUUUGUUUGAAUUUAACAAUCUACUCUUAUAUGUUUGAAUUUAACAAUCUACUCUUAUAUGUUUGAAUUUAACAAUCUACUCUUCUUUGUUUGAAUUUAACAAUCUACUCUUAUAUGUUUGAAUUUAACAAUCUACUCUUAUAUGUUUGAAUUUAACAAUCAACUCUUAUAUGUUUGAAUUGAACAAUCUACUCUUAUAUGUUUGAAUUUAACAAUCUACUCUUAUAUGUUUUAGUUUAACAAUCUACUCUUAUAUGUUUUAGUUUAACAAUCUACUCGUAUAUGUUUUAAUUUCACACAUAUUAACACCGAUUGUUCGGAUUGCUGUAUAAAUUAAAAACCAUUAAACAAUAUUUUUAACUAACAGUAUUGAUAUAUACAGAUAUACACAAACAAAUCGACAUGAAGUUGAAACAAUAAAAUUAGUAAUUUAUGUACACACUGGUUUAAGGAAAGAAAACGGAACUAAUUGCAGAGCAGUUGCUUAUGCCAUCUUUGGCAUCUUUGAUGUGAAAUCAUAGCCAUCGUAUUCUCGAGAACUCUAUUUUCCAUGAUAAAAUUUAUUUAAAAGAAGCGUUUUGGUUAACUUACGUUAAAAACUAGGUACGUCGUAAUCCGUCAAUCAAAGCAACAGUUUGGAUUGUCUUAAUAGAUUCUUACUUUAACAAUAUACAUCACCAAAAAGCUGAUUGGUUCCCUUUCAGAGGGUACACUCUUAUUUUAAUAUGCCAGGUUGCCGCUAUAUAAUCCCGUACACUUUGGUAAGAAACGCCGUGUUCCUGAUAAAAUAUUUUACAAAAUGCCCCAAGAAUAUAUUAUAAAUAAGCCUUAUGUCCACACUCAUGUUAAAUAGCGUUUUUAAACAAUUAAUAUUGCGCAUUGUUUCAUUGAAAUUCGUGUCUGCUGCAUUAUUCAGGUGUCUCGGACCGCACCGAUUCUCCUUUCACAUUUUAAUCCGAUCGUCCUAUAUCUUGAGGUGUGUAAAGUCAUGGACCAUAUAAUGAAUUAAGCUGCAUGCCUAAGCUGGACAUCGACAUAUAUCAUAUUUUACAUUGACGACAAUUUUCUAUUUAAAUAAACAUUUAUGUAUAACAUAAUUCCCGUUGAGUGCAUUCUGGGGGUGUUUUUUCAAUUCUGUAUGUCUUUGCCAAUGGACCCAGAGUUGUAUUCUGAAACACUGUGGAUAUUCAUCUUGCCAUAGUAUUAAUAGCAUUGACAAAUACCACAAAUUUGAAUUCUAAAGCACUGUGGAUACUCACAUAACUAUAAUAUGUAUAACAUUGACAAUGAAUACAGAGUUGCAAUCUAAAGCACGUCGAAUAGUCAACUGACAUUUUGUUAUUCUGUAUGACAUUGCCGAUGACUUAUAGCUGCAUUUCAAGGAACUACGGAUAUUCACCCGAUAACAUUAUGCAUAACAUAUACAAUUUUAAUAGUAUGCGUUUCAUUGUUAAAACCUUUGACCGUAAAUGCAAAUGAGGUAAAUUCUCCCCUGGUCAAAAUCAAGCUUUUAUCGAAAGUAAAGGAAGCCUCGAUGACAUUAGAACAAGAUUCAUUUUUGUUUCACACUCGGAGUGACGAUGCUUAAUAACACGCAACAAUCGUCUUUAGGGGUGUACAGUUGGCUUCUAAAUUUAAUGCUAUAGUUAUUUUCAAAGGUCGAACCAGUGGCUUUUUAGGAAGUAUGGGAUGCCUAAAGGAUAUCUAAGUUUGGCUCAAGUCUCACACUCGGAUGGUUAUGCCUUUGCUUGCUAACAGGCAACACUCGUCCUACCAGGGAUACAUUUGGUCGCUUAAUGCAAUUAAGGUAAUUUUUCCCCAGAUCAACGAGUGUUUCUAUCGAAAGUAUGGAAGGCCUAAUGUCUGUAGGGCAAUCAAAUUGAUUUUCAAUUGUUAACCAAUUUAUUCGUUCAAAUAUUUCAAUGGAAUGUGUUCUUAUAGAUUCCUGUUUUUGUUGCCGACUCGUUUUUGCACUGUGUUAUUUCUGUCAUAUAUUGCAAAACUUUGCUAUUGCUUAAUUGUGUGCUACAGGUCAAAUUUUGGUCUUCAUAAACCCGAUAAGUUUUAAGUUUUUGUGAUCAGACUCUUAUGUACUUUGAUUUCGAUUUUGUAUGUUGUUAAGCCAUAAUUGUCAAUUUUAUGUAUGAACCUAGUAGUGUGCACAUUUAGUUUUGUUUUGAUGAAGAGCAAUAAUACUGGAUGAACAUCA